UUGAGGCAUUGUUGUUUAGAGCGAAUCCAGCAAGCCACUUGUGACUGUGUGAUACUCGAAUUCGCCUUAUUCGGAUAAAAGUGACCCACUUGCCCCAUGGUACACUUUAUCUCUCCACUCCACUCCACUCACUUACUCACAAUCAUGUUGCGCUCUACUCUCUUCACUGCUUCCCGCUCCCUCUUCGCAAAGCCUGCCUUCUCGGUUAUCGCCACCCGCUCCUAUCACCCAAAGGUUAUUGAUCACUAUGAGCGUCCCCGCAAUGUCGGCUCGCUCAACAAGUCGGAUCCUUUUGUCGGAACUGGCCUUGUGGGCGCACCUGCCUGCGGUGAUGUCAUGAAGUUGCAAAUCAAGGUCGACGAGGCAUCAGGAAAGAUUGUCGAUGUCAAAUUCAAGACAUUCGGCUGUGGUUCGGCCAUCGCGUCUUCCAGCUAUAUGACCGAGCGUGUCCGUGGAAUGACUCUCGAGGAUGCCAGCGCCAUCAAGAAUACGGAAGUCGCUAAGGAACUUUGCUUGCCUCCUGUCAAGAUGCAUUGCUCAAUGCUCGCCGAGGACGCCAUCAAGUCGGCCAUCAACGACUACAAGCGUAAGCGUGCUGCUGCCCACAGUGGUGUCGCGGCUUGAGGGACCCAAGACUGACAUCAUUCACAAAAAAAAAAAAGUGGCUAUCUCAACCCACCCAACGUUACCAUUCACCACUCGCCAUUCAUCACUCACCAUUCGCUUGCAGCAGGAUUCUGGAAGAUAACGAGGAACACACCAAAUGUUAUCGCUGUUUGUUGGCUUUUGUGCAGUGUAAAUAUAUAUGUACAGUACAAUAAAGGCCAUGGUUUUACAACAAACCCUGAACUUGUUGUGUGUCGUAGG